AUGGUUAGAGGACGACAACUUUCUGCAUCGAGUUCCGCCGGUAUCGUUGACAGGCCCCGGGAAGCUCCACUCAAGGCUUGUCCGAAAUUGACGGGAGAAUACGCUCCUCCAAAAUUUCGCAACAGAAACUUCAGCUCCUCGACUCCCGUUUUGCAGAUGAUGUUUGAUCUGAACAAUUCACUGUCGUCGUCGUCGCCACAAUUCUGCAUGUUUCGUUCUUUGUUCGCGCCAAUGCCAUUUAUAUUUUUCAGUCCACUGUAUGCGAUGAAGCAUCUGAGUCUUUCAAGGGCAAAGAAUCGUGCAUUUCAUUCAAGUUUCGUCAUCUUUAUCCUCCUCGCCACUACUCUCGUUGUUUCCAUCCUCGCCACUGCUCUCGUCGUCUUCACUCUCUUCCCCACUAUUCUCUCCAUCGCUGUUGUCAUCUUCCUCAACUUUCAUCCAGUCGUUCGUCCAGCCGGGAGGAACUCGUGGGACCCGGGCAUGGGCAGGGAUGGUCAUACGAGCGCGGUCUCUCAUUUCUAA